AUGACUUCCACUAACAUCAAUAUAUACCAAUUCCUCAAGAAAGGAAAAGAAGCCUUUAAAGCUGAAAAUUAUGGCACGGCAACCCAGCUACUGACAAAUGUUAUAUGCAUACCAGAACUGAGUUCACAACACUUUGAGGCGAAUGAUUACCUUGGCAGGGCAUAUUGGAAAUUAGGAAAACUCACUUCUGCAGCGGAGGCUUUUGAACGAAAUAGAGCAACCGGAGAAGUAACACCAGAGCGCUCCUGUGACGUCGCCGAGAUAUACCUACAAUUAGUACGUGAAUCAAAGACAGAGGAGAAGAUAUUACAUUAUGCAACCUUGACAUUGUAUUGGCUAAAAAGAUCUCGGAGCAAAUCCAGUACCAAAUACAGUACCGUAUUACGUCAGCGUAAGACCGGGCCGUUGUAUAGUGAACGUGGUGUCAAACUACUACGUGGCCUAUUUGAUAUUUUGGUUAAACGCGCGGAGGGACAACCUAGGCAACGGGGCUGCCUUAAACGUCGAAAUGGAGAAUCGUCCGGAAAGCCAGUAGAGUUGAUCGACGAGCAGUUUGUAAAAGAGUUGUUUGCUGCUAAGGAGACCUUGGUUGACCCGCAUCUCCACAAGUUGCUCGCCAGAUCUCUAUUGCGAAAGAAAGAAAUUCGAAGUGUUGCAGAUCAUGCUCUAGACAGUCGCUAUCACUUGGCCGAUGACUUGGAAUGGAAUACUUUUAUAUGCGAGAAUAUCGACUUAUUGGCAUCAUCAUAUCCACGGGAGGAAUGGGAUAACUUCUGUUCUAUCGAGAAACUGUACAUGUUUGCGCUUGACAAUUGUGUGAGAUUGACACUAGAUUGCGGAUGUCGUGAAGAGUGCGAAAAGAUAUUGAAGCAAUAUGGGAAAGUCUCUUCACGAAGUAAACAUCUCCCAGAGCAGAACGAAGUACAUCAAGAAAUGCAAGCAAGAUACAACCGGCACAAGGCCUAUUUUAGGAUAAAGUUCGGGGACUCGAGCGAAUAUCAAACCCCACUUUCUCUUCUUCCCACAACCAGAACGCAUGUGUCCUUUGCGUUUGAAAGACUCAAACGUGCUCUGUUUUUGGGCAUGCCGUUCACACAAUUGCAAAACUUAACCGAUAAUUGGAGCUACGUGGACUACUUCAUAUGUCAACGAAUCAGCGAUUCUUUCCAACUGUUAACUACCCUCAUAUUGUGUUUCGAUUUCGAUUGGCUUAGUAAGCCGGAUGUAGAGUGUGCAGCAAUAAUGGUGAAUGAUGAUCAUGCGACAAGGGAAAUAGUGUUUCCAAAUCACAAGAACCUUCUUAAUCACUUGACCAAAGAUGACUAUGGAAAUCAAGAUCGAAAAGAAUUGGCCCAGAAAAUGGAUUCUGUCACGAAAAUGUUAAAGCAGAUUGACAAGAUUACAUUGUGUUCUCCAAAUGACUUGAAUAGAUUUUUAUCUGUCAUUUCGUGGUAUAUUGACUCGGGAAAACAAUUUAUGGAACUUCUCAAGUAUUGGCUCCCCAAUUUGGCAAGCACUGCUCCAGAGCGAAAAUCCAGAGUCCUCCCCAAAUUUAAGAAUGAUCUUGUGCAAUCCGACCAAUCUUCUUCACGAGCGUCUUCUCGAACAUCAGAUAGUUGGCAACCGACACCUCCGCCAAUCGUACCAAAAAAACUGGUAAUAGCGGAAGAGGCAACAUUGAUGGACAUUGAAACGUUCCUUAUGAUACUUCUCAUUCAAAGACAAGAAGUGUGUGUCACACGCUUAGAAGCCACUAGUCUGGGUCAAAUCUUGUAUUUGGCAGAAAAGUCGUGCUGGAAGCCAAGUGCAAGUCACCAACGCUUUUGGAAUACCGUCAUUGCUAAAUACGGAAGAGAUGAUCCAGAGAGAUAUGUAUAUACAACCGAUUUGUUUGCCGAAGAUGACUUCAAUCAAGCCAUAGCUGAGAUUCGUGGAGACAUCAGAUACGUGGAUUUCGACCAAUCAGAUGAAAAGAGCAAUAAUAUUAUUGACAAUCAACGAGACCUUUAUUUGUUGCUAUCAUAUUUGUUUAAAGGCUUGCAGAGUUGGUAUACAAGUAGACGUGUAGAGGCUCUCCAUUGUCUCACAGUAUUUCAUUAUUGGGAUCGAUUGUUAACAUACGACAAGAGCUCGUGUAAGAGAGGGCAGGAACCAUCAAAACAGUUUUUCAUCUUGGACGAAACUGUCGCGGAGGAUGCUUAUCGAAGGUUUAUACCUGGCUAUGAGAAAUUGUCGUCAGCUCAUGGACUUGAGCACUUUGCGAAAACCUUUUACACAGAUGAGAAAUGGAGCAAAGUAGUACAGGAAGUAUAUGCCGAAGAAGGCAAUCAACCAAUUCAUGGUUUGUCAGAUGAAUUAAGUUCCCAGCCGACAGAAGAAUCUAUAGAGGAUUUGGCAUCAUAUGCAGUCGAACCAUGCCCUAGUGAACAUGCCAGGCUCUCCGAUUUGUCCAUUUUAGCCAAUGCCAGCGAAUAA